AGGCCCUGCCAACUCAAGCGGUACUGCGACACCAACGCCUCUCACCGCACCGAUACAUCUCGACCUCUACCCCCAUCAUCACACCAUGGCCGCCACUCCCGCCGAGAUCACAGCAUCCUGUCCUCCGCUGCAGGUGCAGCUUCUCUCAGACAAAGCACGCGCCCCGACACGAGGCAGUGCCUUCGCCGCUGGCUACGACAUUUAUGGUGCCCAAAACUCUAUCAUCCCCGCCCGCGGCAAAGCCAUCAUCGAAACUGACAUCGCCAUCGCCGUCCCCGCCGGCACCUAUGGCCGCGUCGCCCCGCGCUCCGGCCUCGCGGUGAAGCACAGCAUCGACGUCGGCGCGGGGGUGAUCGACGCCGACUACCGCGGGCCGCUGAAGAUCCUGCUGUUCAAUUUCUCAGACGUAGACUUUGAGGUCAAGGAGGGCGAUCGGUUGGCGCAGUUGGUGGUAGAAAGGAUCGUGACACCGGAGGUGGUGGUGGUGGGGGAGUUAGAGAAGACGGUGAGGGGGGUAGGUGGGUUUGGGAGUACCGGGGGGUUUGGGGGGAAUGGCCCGGCGGCGGCGUAG